AAAAAUACCGAUCGAGCUCAAGCAGCGAAUCAAGAUUGAAAAAUAAAGAUAUAUUCCGCGAAAGAAUUUCUCUCGAGAAUUUCAUGAAUAUUCCCGCAAUUUCGUUCGCGAAACUGCAGUCGUGUAUCGCCAAGUUUAUUUCAAGUUUUAGCUAAAACACGCCACGUAACUUUCCCGUUGAUAAAAAUAAUUGCACCAGUUUGCAAAAAUCGCGAGGAAACCGCACGGUUGUUACGCAACAAUGAAAGUUCAGACACAUAUUUCGUAUCCUUUGGCCUGUGCAGGAUAUCGAAAAAAUGUUUCUAGCCGCUGGAAGAAACUCGAUUAACAAGAAAUUCGCGCGCAAGAAAAAGGAAUUGUGCAGGGUGGAUAAGCAGAUUACUCGUUUUUAAUCCGACCUGGGUAGAACCGGCGAUUACGCGUGUAACGGGUGACGGAGAUAUGAAAUCGAAACCAGUACCCUAAUUAGAGAACAUAGCGGCUUAGAACGUGACUCGCAUACACGGUGUACCGAAAGUGGUUCUCCUCGAAAUAUCGUUCCAUUAACACAGUGAAACUGUUUAUGGACGAUCUAAUCAACCCGAGUUUCACUCCAUAGAGAUGUUUUUCUUCUAGCGAUAUCUCCGUUUAACGUCGACAAACGAUUUUCACGAAACGGUGCGUUCGUGGCGUACGAGAUUUCUGGAGCAAAGCUGCACGAAGGCUACUCUUUAUUUACAUCGAGAUGCUGAGGACAGAAGAAUAGCAAAUUCUCCAAAAGACCUAAACCUUAUUAUUUGAAAUUCCCAAAUUCCAGAGUAGCUCAGAGAACGUCAGGAAGAGAGAUCUCCGCAUUUUCACGGAUAUAAAGUGUAGCGGACGGUGGCUACCGAUGGAAGUCUAAUUUAUACGGGACUGUACACUAAACACGUAACAAAAGGCGUUGCACGCGUGCUGCACAAACGUAUCGCUCCGGUUCGCGCGAUUCCACAAUGAGUUGCAGGUCAGACUUUUUUCCCCUCUCUUUCUUCCACCGUGUUCGUCUAUGUCUUUCGAAGCGGGAGCGAGUUUCACCGAUCGAUAUCGUGCACUCGUACCGAAUCCAGAACUUUAAUUGUUCGAAUUCGAACGAUUUUGAGCGAUCUGGCUUUCUCGUUGAUCGAGGUCAAUUCGGUCGACGGUAAUUCGCACGUGCGAUUGCACCGAAAGGAAAGUGCACCGCGAGAAAAAUUGCUGCGCGAGUUUGAAAGUCAAACUCGGGGACUGUCAUCGUGAAACGACAGAUUCUGGUGACAUGUUUUACAAGACUUUUCGUUUUCAUAUUGAAGAGAACAAUCGAACACAUGCUGGAGCUGUGUUCUGGAAAAUGGCAAUGACUCCUAGCGAUGAUUGGAGCAGAAAAUUGGAUAAGUACAUCUGACAGCACUCGAUUCAUUAUUUUAAUAUCGUUAGCAUCGAUGCAAAAAAUAAGGGCAUCUUAACACCUUCAUUAAAGUUCAUGUAUUUUCGAUAAUCUUGACGCAAGAAAAUCGAACAUCGAAAGGUUGAAUUCCUAAGGACUUUUUACGAUGCAACAAAGAACCGUACAAAUGACAGUGUGACAGAGACUUGAAUGCCCGGCUCGAAGCAACCUAAUUCGCGGGCGGCCGAGUCGAUUAUAAACAGAAUGCGUCACGCGAUCGAUUAUAAAUAUUGAUGAAGAAGGUCAGGGGAGUUUCUCCGGCAACGAUCAUCGAACGAAUCUUAAUCGAGUGUGAUACCAGAGGAAAAAAUGUGUUAUCUUAGUCGAAGGAAAUGAAUUUCCCUCGUCAGAAGGAAUUCAUACGGCCCUGGAUGUGCGCGUACAGCCAAGCGUGCAUUGGCACACCCGCUAUCGAUCAGUCGCGUGUUAGUCCAUCGUGACAUGGAGGAUCUCCUGCUGCAGAUCGUCCGAGAAUCGAAUAAUGCAAAGCUACAAAAUUUACGGAAAUCAGCGCAGGAUGCGUAUGAUUUCUUGGAAAAGCAGCAAGGGUUGCUACGCGAUCCACCCCACGAGCUGCGAGCAAAAUGCCUGCACACCUUUCAGCUAGCACUAGAAACGAAGAGGAGCAAAUUCGUCGCGUUCGGCCUGUCGGGAUUACAUAAAAUGUUAAGAGACGAUAGAUUCCAAUCGCCCUACGAGCCAGAAGAUGAUUCCCUCUGGUUACCCGCGCAAAUGUUGCACGCUAUGGGUUCCAUAUUGUCUCAGUCGGACGAUACUCAGACGGAUAUGCUUAAAGUUUUAUUGCAAGUUGCUUGCUCUUCUUAUUGGACGAUGAACGGACGUUUAAUAAUUGCCAUUCUCACUACCUGCUGCGAGGCUUUCGAAAACGGGAAUCAAGCCGUAAGGACGGCAGCUCAGGCUGCUACCAGCCAGACGCUGCGUUCUUUUUGUUUAUUUUUAGACGAGGAGUGCCAAGAAAUGGAUGAAAACGCGAAGAAGAAUAAAAACGUAUGGGAGAGGGGUGUCUCCUGUUUCAACGAGGCUCUGCCGAUACUUCAAUACAUUUGCAGCAAACUGGACGAAGCUCAAAAAAAAUCAUGUUCCAGUAACGGGAGAAACGGCAACACGGUGGUGUUCCUGCUCGAGUGUCUUCACACGUUGAUCUCUUCCCUCCCGCAGAAGAUACACACGAACGCACAUUUUACUACAUUUCUGUGGCAAAAGUUCUGCCCUGCUCUGAUAGCUUUCCUAGGAACGCCGAGGGUGGACAAAACCUUCACUUCCAGGGAGGGAAAAGAGACCGAGCUUGGGAGAGGCUCUGGAUAUUUGGCUACAUCUUUAAGUUUCGACAGCCAUCAAGCAAAGACCGUAUACAGUAUUGGAACCGAACUGGUUCGAUUGGUGGGUUGCGUGGGUUCUCUGAGACCAGUCCUCGAAUCGGUAUUCCAUAGAAUGUUACUCUAUCCACCGCCGCAGCAACGUUUAGAGCCCUUGAAGGCUCUGAAGGAACUUCUUCGUAGCCCCAGUCGAAUGGUGGACUUUGCUGGUCCGUUAUUGGUAGAGGAGGACAGAUCUAGUCACAUUCAAAGCGACAUGGCACUCAUGAGACUAGCGAUGGACUCGAUCGAGGAAUCCACGACCGGUGGUUUGAGUAUAUUGCACGCUAGCGUUUCUUGCGUUGUCGCAAUGCUCUCCGCUCUUCAGGAACUGUGCGAGGGGAAGGCUAUAAAUCACACCUACACGUGCACGAUCAAUAGUCUAUACGAAGAUCUGGAAUCUUGCGAUUAUAGAGGACCUCUGACCUACCAAAGCAUGGCGCGGUUGCCAAAAACCUAUAGAGAACAAUUGGAGUUGUUGAAGAAGGGAAUAGGCUCUGAUUCCGAGUCCUCGGGGCACGGACCUUCCGAAGAUGGUGACUCGACCGAUACCGAAGGUCCUCAGAACGAAUCGGACGAGGUUCAAGAAGAGAACAGUUUAGAAGACAACGAUUACGAGAUCGAAAACGAAAGGGAAAGACUGAGAUUAGAAAAAUUGCCUAAAUGCCUUCACGUGGGCCGACAAGUGGCCGACGAAUGCAACGUAGACGUGGAACGACACAAUGCCAGGAAAUUUGUUAAAACCCUAAGAAGCGACCUGAUUCCCAUGGUAUUGAGUCUCAGAAGCAAUAUAGAGGUUGAUGACGCCUUGCAGAAUUUUGCUUCUGAAUACUGUCAAGGAGUGUUCGCGGCUCAGCAGAAGAUUCAAGAGCAAACGGAUACCAGCACAGACUCGUGUGCCUUGAUCACGAUCAUGAAUGCCGACGGGAUCUAUUUAGCUACGUACGCGGCUCUGCUUCUCAAUCUGAAGUUGAUUAGAAUCAAUUACUACAACGAAGAGAGCCGUCAAGUUCCCAUCAGUGAGGAACAGUUUGUGGAAGAGGUACACGGAUCCGGUGUCCUAGUGUAUCUAUCCGCAACGUGGUUGUCCGAAUUAUACCAGCAAGUGUUAGCCUGCAAUUUGCUCGAGAAAUGUGGUUACAAUCCACAUUACACGGAAAACAGCGCCUUAAUCAAUGUACUUACUGACGUCGAUGAAAUUCCUGGCAGCCACAGAGGUGGACAGCUGUUGUCCGACUACAUAAGGCUGGAAAAAGCUCAGUUGUCUAGAACGGAGCCUACACCGGAAGCCGAAGCAGGCGCGAAGCUUUCCAGAAGAGUGUUAACGUGUUGUUGGGGAAGCAUGAUGACUGUUCUAACGAUAGGAUUGAAUCCACCGAAAGAAGAGAACAAUAAAGGAAUUCUGAGCAGGGACGGUGGUAGGAGAGGUAUCAGGGACACUGUUGUGCUAUCUCUGGAGGGUCUUCACAAGGCUGCAGCUUUGAGCAACAUACUUGGUUUGCAAAGUCGUUGCGGUUCCAUCUUCGCUCUUUUAGCGAAGGCUGCCUGCACGGAGCAAUCGAUAUCGAAAAUUACGAGAACAAAAGACGUUCUACGUCUGAAGUUGCAAAACAGGGCAACCAAUAUCCAUACUUCCCACGCGUUAAGCAUGGACGUACUUUUAGGGAAGGGUUUGGAACUUGGCAGUCACGGAAGCGACUGUUGGCCGCAUGUUUUCACGUGCUGUUUGUACGUGAGUAAACUAGAGCACGAUUUCUUCGGAAGAAACCAAAAUCCAUCGUUGCCUAAAACUCAGCAGAAAAAAGAGAAAAAGGAUAAAGACUCCAGUAGCGAUCCCAAAGGAAGCCAGGAUCGUCUGAGGCAUAAUUUCAGCAUCGUAGACGAGGAAGAGGCCUGGGUCGAUGUCUAUAGCUUUUUAUCCAGUCGUUACACCCAAAAUCCCAGUUCGGACACGAUCCCCGAAAUCAUUCAGGAAUCAAACGCGGACAGUCAAUUCAACGGGAUACUCCCCGCGGAUUACGCAGCCAAAAUCGUCUGCGUCUUAUCUCAACAAGUAGACAGAUUAUUUGAGAACGCAGCCUUGACACUGAACCUCCGAGCACUCUGCUUAUUCCUCACCGCUCUGUGCAAAGCUAGCAAAGCCCAAUUGUUUAAAACAACCGACGGUUCUAAAGAUAAUAAGAGAUUCUGGUGGAGGAGAAGCAAACCCAGAGAGAACGAAAUGAACGUGUUACUGUUGGCUCGCUUGGGAGAAGUAAUGCUGAAGUGCGUGAAGAGUGGACGUCCUCUGAUUCACAUAAUGAGGGUUUGGAGCAUCCUAGGACCGCAUUUCAUGGAGGCAGCUUGCCACAAGGAUCGCGGUAUCUCUAAGAAGGCAGUUCAAUGCAUUCACGAUAGCAUGUCAACUUUGUUAUACGAGCUGAUGGAAUUGCCGCACUUUCAUUUUAACGAAGCACUCUUCAAGCCUUUCGAGAACCUAUUGUGCCUAGAACUGUGUGACAGUGAUGUACAGGAUCAGAUCGUGAGCUGCAUCUGCGAGUUCGUCGAAACUAACGGAACCGAGAUUCGAUCAGGCUGGCGUCCUCUAUUCGGCGCGCUGCGCGUAGCAUCGGUCGGUAAUUCAGAUUCCGUCGAGUCUGCGCCGUUGCUGGAGGUUUUCAGGGUCUUUCUAUCCAUGGACAACACACUGGUGUUCGCCAACGCGGCGCUAGAUUGCAUUCUCUGUUUGCUGAGGCACGUGCGAGGCAUCGGUGACGCCGAUGGUCAUCAGGAUGAUCAGGAUCCACUUGACGUAGCCGAGUCCAGAAGAAUGAGGCUCUGCGUCGAAAGUCUCAAGUAUUUGCUGAGCUGCAGCGACAUCCUCGCGUCGAUGUACGGCAUGCCAGCCUGUCCGAUCUUCCACUCGGCCCAGAGGAUCCAGGUUUCCACCAUUCCCCAAUACGUCGAUCCCACGAUACCCAACUCGGAGCUGAUACGAUUCGACAAGCACGCUGAAUCCAUGCAGGAAACUAUCCCUGAAAGGCCCCACGAUGUGCUGAUGGACAACGUCCACACGAUCACCACGUUACAGAGCAUGGAUAAACCCAGUGGCAUCCUGAGGGUUUGGUACAUACUGAUCGAGGGUCUGGCUAGUGCUACCAUGAUAUGUCCGAAACGCUAUCAGCCUCAUACUCUGGAGACCUUGUUCCAUCUGCUACGGGACACGCUUAAUAUUCCUGGCCCAGCUUUUGGGUUGUACUGCGUAAACCAUCUGUUGCUUCCUAUGGUUCAGAACUGGCUGAGGAAAACGUCGAAGAUCUUUAGAGGAUGGGACAACUUUGCGCCGAAUUUUAAACAAUGCUGCGGUCUUACGACUGAUUUGGUCGUCGACUACUUGGCUCAUCUGCAAGGUCCAGAAGUCGUUCGAAACGAUUCCUAUCUGCCAGCCACGACGUUGAUGUUGAAGCAAUUGUUACUGGUGAUGGCGGAAUGCGUCGUACAACCUACCGAGAGCAUAGCGCGUUUGGGCUGCGCGUGUAUUAGACACGUUCUCGUGAGCAGCGGUCCUCUUCUCACUCCAGAACAAUGGGAGGUGUGCGGUGUCGCCUGUUACCGCGCCUGUUCAAAUUCGCUGCAAGAAUUACACCAGUUGACCAUGGCUUUCUCGCCAAGAUCGGAAUCCUUUUACGGUGACAUUGCUCAGGUCAAGGUUGCGGCUCGAAGAGACGCUACCCCCGAAGAGACCGAACGUCUGCGACAACUGGCUGCCCAGGUGUUCCUCUUGGAGGAACAGCGUACGGAGGAUCCAUCGAGAAGACCCGACGACAGGUCCUACGUUUUCCUUCUGUAUCCACCCUCGGUGGCCACCACUCUCAAUCCUGACCUUUAUAUCGUUAGGGUACAACUCAGGGCUUUGGUGGUUGGUCUUUUGGUUCAUCAGAUGCUCCUCCAUUGUAUCGCCAGUAUUCUAUUGCAGGGACCUGACUCGUCUUUUCCCAGUUUGUCCAACAUCAUCCCUCAUUCCGCUGCAUCGACGUCACCAAAGGCCUCCGUUUCCGGGUGUCUCUCGUAUUUAUCCACCCACCACGUAGACACCUUCCUAUCGGCACUAGAUCUCUCUUACGCAGCCGCUUUGAAGUUCGACUGUCGGCCAGGACUGAAAUUUUUGGUCCAGAAAGUGACCAACCUCCAACAGCCAGCGAAUCUCUAUCGCCAAGCAGGAGCAGCGUGGACCAUCAAGAUGGUAACCUUGUUCGAGCUGUGUCUUCGAGAAAUAGAGAACACCAAGGCUACUUUGGACACCGUGAAGUCUGUGCUGAUGUCGAGCCCGGAAGAUAAAGAAUGUCCGAAGAGUUCUGCUUUCCGUAAGCUGACGAAGUAUCUGAGGCAACUUCGCAACACUUUCGAGGAACUCUGCGAGAGCUACGUAGAGGUGGUUCUGGACGAGGAUGGCAAGCACACCAGAGUGGACAGCUUCUCAGAGAGAAAGAUUUUCUUGUUGGUGGCUCAACCGGACGAUUACCCGGAGAUCACGAGCAAGGAGGCGAUUAACAGCAGAGUUCUCGCAACGUCGCCUCCGGUGGAACCACCCACGGAAACUCUGGGGAACCAGGUGGAUUCAGAGGAUCAAGAAGAUAUCGAGCAUUACAGUCCGAAUUUGGACGACGAGAGCGGACUGGAAGAACUUGGACCCGAGUGCGAAGAAGACCCGAGACCGUUCAGGCUGUCAGACUUAGCGGUGGAGUACUCUACCGACUCUGGGCCCGAGUCUGAGCCGGAGACCGACGAUUCCAGGCCAGCCUCCAGGCUAGGAUCGAUCACGGAGAAGGCUGUGUACCCCGACAGGUCCGGUGGAACCUCCAGCGAAGGUUACAUCGACGGAAAAUUCAGUUCUGCGACCCCCGCACCGGCGACGCUGAUCAACAAUCGAGAUUGUUUGUACUACAAACUGGGUCCCUUGAGGAGAACCGAAUCUGUGGACUCUUUCGGUACCUCUCUGCUGGAGACCAAAACGGCGAUCUACGACGAACUGUCCAGAUACCAGAGGCUGAGAUUACAGAGAAGAAGAAGCGACGCUUGCUUGCUUUCUCGAAGAAGCGCCUCGAGAUUCAUCGAACGCGAGUUCGACGACCCUGACAGAUUCACCAGGUUCAGUUUGGACAACUUCAGGUGUAAGUCGGUGAUCGAGUUGAGGAAGACCGGCGGAUCGACGGUGUCCAGCUCGUCCAACGAUCUCGAGAUGUCUCCUCGGGUGAAAAGCGAACAGAAACAGGAGGCGAAGAUUAUCGAUAACAUCGACGAAUUGUUGCGGGAUUACGAACGUAGCAAAAGAGGGUUCAGAACGAAUCCAUUCUUGAAGGACGAGGAAGAGGAGUCUGGCGCGGAGACUCAAGAAAUAUCGACUCACGAAUUCGUGUUCCAGAGGAAGACCAACGUUUAUAAGGAUAGCGAGGCGCACAGGAAAGCUUGGGCAGAGACGCUGAGCACCAUGUUGGAUUGGACUCUGGCUUUAUCGGACGAUCAAUUGACCCCACUACUUCCGGUCUUCGUAAGCGGCGUACGUGUCCUCACUAGACACGCUGUGGACCAGAUUCUGAAGCAACGAUUGUCAGCUCUUUUUCACCGAAUCGCCGUGUUAUACGGGUUAACGAGCAAUUAGGAACAGCUUCAAUACAUCUGGCAACGGAUGUAUUACCACAAUUGAUUUCGAACUUUCUUAGUGCUCUUAGAAGCUGGGGUGUCUAUAACGAACAUCCGACUACACGAAGACUCUGUUAUACGUCUAUAAAAUUUCUAUGUCUUCGUGAACGAGUUUUUAUAUGUGGAAAAAUCUUUGGAGAAUCGAUUUCAGUCAAUACGGAAGAAUUCGUGUUCUAACGAAAACGUUCAGACUGAUGAUCAGAGUCAAUCAAACAUCUCACGAGAGAAGGGAAUUUGAUUUUAACUGUACGAAAUCAAGGAUUAUGUCGUUUAAGGACCAUUUCACCAUCGAUAUCAAAUACGAAUUUUAAAUCACCGAACAGGGAGAAGGUGGAUUUUAACUGGAAAAGAAGACCUGUCCGAAUUCAGACGAACACGACUGACAAUAGUACUAUUAUUGGUUCUGUUUCCGGCGGAAAAAAUUCAUGUCCCGUUUUCAGGGAACGAGCCUCGCCUACCUUUAGCGCUCAGACGCGUCGACACGAAGAGACAAGGAUUUUAUUUACGAUCCACGCUGCACGCACAUCUUUCGAUUCUCAUUUUAUGCUCUUUGCGCUUAACUGUAGUUUGCGGUCCAGUCGCAGCGUCGGAUGUGACGGGGUUUUGCUUCCAACGUCGAAGAAGCACGCGUUGCGAUAGAUUUUGCGAAAUGACUCGACUGGCAACUUUUUCAUCGAAGAUAUCGAGAACUACUCUUUGAAAUUCUGAGUAUACGAGGAUUCGAAAAGGAUCGGAAACAUUUGUCGAAUCUUUCGUUUUUAAGCUACGAGCGAGGAAGUGUUUAUUUUCCAAUUUUUUAUUUUUUAUUUUCUGAACGUUUUAAAUGAAAAUAUUUAUUUUGCGUCUUUAGUUUUUAGAAUAGUUUUGAGUUUGAAUCGAAAUUCUUUCUCGAAUAUUUAAUUAUAAUUUUUAGUGUUUCUGAGGGGUAAUUCAGUUCUGAAGGAAUUAGUAUUACGGAUAAGGAAAGAUGUAAUUAAAAUGUUACCCAGGUUGAAUCUAGGUAGAGAAACGCUUAGAGCGAAACGUUAUUCUUCGCGUGAACGGGAUUUCCCGAGGAUCUUUCUGAUUUUGCCAAAGAAAAGGAGAGAAGGUUUUUGGUCCCAUCGCACAUUCGUUCGCGACCGAAGAACUAUAGCAAACAAAGAAUCGAUGCUAUAUUUUAUUGUAAAUAGAAACUCUAGUCGCUGGUCCAUCGGACACGAGAGAAGCUAGAUAUUUUUAUUGUUAAUUUCUAUGUUUGAAAUGUUUAGCAAACGACUAGUCAAUGAUUCUCAGUUUCAUUUAUCGCUUCGAUAUAUAUACUAUAUAUAUAUUUUGUAUAUUGUUUGUAAGUUAGAGAAUGAAAAAGAGGAAAAAUGAAAUAAUUACCGAGUGGUUGUAUAAAUCGAAAUAUUGAUCCAUGAAUUUGUCAUUCUCUCCUGCGAUUCCAUCGGUGUUGUUCGAUGCACUGUUAUCGUUUAACAAGAGCGAGGAGAGAUUAAUAAUUGAUAAUAAAACGUGCCUAAGGUGAACCCUAUUUUCUUUCCGUUCAUUCGAAAACUUUUCCCUGAAUUACGAGAAACGAAAUAUCGACGAAGUAUUCAUCGAACACCUUCCGACAGUAUUUUUAAUUGAUCCGCGUACACCAAAAUAGUUAGCCAACAAAUGUACGAUCGUUAAAUGAUCAAAUAUUCCAAGUUAAUAAAAAUUGUACGAAAAGUUUACAACGGUGAGAUCGAAUCGAAUGCAGGCUUCUUUCGGGAAAAGCAAAGAACGCUGCAUCCGAUUUCGUUUCGAUUCUUUUCCCUGUCUUCCUUCAUGGCUCGGAGCAUCGCAUAAGCGCACCAUUGAUUAAUACCGCGUUUGGAACCCUUGCGAAUUUCGUCAGGUAUCGAAGGUGUCGACCAUUUUCUACGGGUGAAGUUUAGUUCGUUUUAACGGGCACAGGAAAGGGCGGGAGACUUGUCUGCGGUCGAGUCAUCCUCGUAAAGAGGGAAGCUUACGAGCGACGGUCGUCUCGGCUUAUUCUAUGCUUUUAUUCGCGUCCCAUUCGUCGAGGCUGUAAAUAUCAACGAAGAGGAAGCGGGAGAACUCUCUGGCAAGCUUCAGAAGAUGACGGACAUGAGUGCAAUCUUUUCACGAAAAUCCAAAUCUUUCUUCGAACAGAAAUUCGCUUAAGGGCAGGGCCUUGAUUUAAGGGCGACUUUUUACCGAUGCUUCCAGUGUUAGCUAAAAAUUUCAAAUUUGCACACGAUUCAGUCCUGAUGGUAAUAGUCUUUCGAAGGAAUAAAAUUUUAGACCAAGGUAAAAAUUUGGAAACAUGUAAAAUUUUAUAAAUAAAGAUGGUACUAAUGCGACAGAGAUUGCAAAGGGGGAACAAAGACGACAAAGCAGGGUGGGUCGCUAAUAAAGGGAGACAGGAACACCGUUGAACCGACGGUGUAGACCGCAACUAUCCAUCCGUUCGUCAUUUCCAGCGUGCUUUAAAUAUUAAAUAGAGCUCGCUACGCUCGUAAAAAGGAUUAUCCCUCUGUGUGUCGAGAGACAGAAACGAACCGCUCCUCUGCGGUCUGCUUUCAUGCAAGGAUAAAGAUUUUUCUACUGCAAACAUCCCCAAAUAUUUUUCGUUCAAAUGUUAACCUAAUUGUCAACAUAAUAAUAACCUCGCUUUAACCAG